AUGGAGGAGGUUCUCUCUCCGUCGGCGGCCUCCGGGGGGAAGGCGGUGCUCCACGGGAAGUACGAGAUGGGGCGCCUGCUAGGGCACGGGACCUUCGCGAAGGUCUACCACGCCCGGAAUAUGCAGAGCGGCCAGAGCGUUGCCAUGAAGGUGGUGGGGAAGGAGAAGGUGAUCAAGGUAGGGAUGAUGGAGCAGGUCAAGCGGGAAAUCUCGGUGAUGAAGAUGGUCUCCCACCCGAACAUCGUCGAGCUCCACGAGGUGAUGGCCACCAAGACAAAGAUCUACCUGGCCAUGGAGCUGGUCCGCGGCGGCGAGCUCUUCUCCAAGAUCUCGCGGCACGGCCGCCUGAAGGAGGACGCCGCGCGGAUCUACUUCCGGCAACUCAUCUCCGCUGUCGAUUUCUGCCAUUCCCGAGGCGUAUACCACCGAGAUCUGAAACCAGAGAACCUGCUCCUCGACGAAUCCGGCAACCUCAAGAUCGCCGAUUUCGGCCUCAGCGCAUUCUCCGAUCAUCUCCACGCCGACGGCCUCUUCCACACCACCUGCGGCACCCCCGCUUACGUUGCCCCGGAGGUCAUCGGGAAGAAGGGCUACGACGGCGCCAAGGCCGAUAUCUGGUCCUGCGGCGUCAUCCUCUACGUGCUCCUCGCCGGAUUCCUCCCAUUCCAGGACGACAACCUGGUGGCCAUGUACAAGAAGAUCCAGCGGGGGGACUUCAAGUGCCCCCCCUGGUUCUCAUCCGACGCCCGCCGCCUCGUCACCAAGCUCCUGGAUCCAAACCCCAAGACGAGACUGACCGUCGCCAAGCUCCUCGAGUCCCCCUGGUUCAAGAAGCCCUCUCUUUCGCCAUCUCCCGCCGGUGGGCCGGAGAAGGAGAAAGCGGAGGAGAAGGAGAAGCCGGAGAUGCUCAACGCCUUCCACAUCAUAUCUCUGUCGCAGGGGUUCGAUCUGUCGCCGCUGUUUGACGACGUGGGGCGGCGAGGGGGGCGAGCGGAGGGGAUGCGGUUUGCCACCAGGGAGCCGGCGAGCGGUGUGAUCUCGAGGCUGGAGGAGGUUGCCACCAAGACGGCCGGGAAGUUCAGUGUGCAGAAGAGCGAAACCGGCGUGAGGCUAGAGCGACAGGAGAGGGGCCGGAAGGGGCCACUGGCGGUGGCGGCGGACAUCUACACGGUGGCGCCGUCGUGGCUCAUGGUGGAGGUGAAGAAGGACGGCGGUGACACCCUCGAGUACCAUAGCUUCUGCUGCGACGAGCUCCGCCCGGCGCUCAAGGACAUCGUCUGGGCCUCCUCCGACCCCCAGCCUGCCGCCGCCUAA